AAUCAACAUUUAUCAAAAUUGAGGCAGUAAAUAGUAAUGUUUUUAAAAUUUAUUUCGUAGAAAAUUAGAGCAAAGAACAUUUUUAAGUUAUUACUAUGUCUAAAUCAGUUCACGUUGUAGACGGGGAGGCGUCUGAAUCAGAUACAGAAGUAGAAGUUGGCAAAUCACCGAAUAUGUCUCCUAGCUCAAAAGCAUUUGUGAUAUCUGGAGAGGCACCUGAAUCAGAUGAUGAGAGCAAGCUCCCAUCGCCAGCGAGCGUUGAGCUGGAUUCACCGCUGCACACCUCCAUGUCCUCGUCACCAUCGUCUCCAACGAAGCUGAUACACAACUCCCUGCUGCAUCAGAAGUUAUGGGAAUGUAAUAUCUCUCUCCGGGCAACAAUAGACGGUCUCGCCAAGCACACCACAGACAUAUGCGUUGAGAAGCUGACCCAUGCUGAUAAAACUUUGCUUAGUGUGCAGGAAAGCAUGCGGGCGACCAACGCUAGCCUAUCGUUGGCGCGUGCGCGACUGAAGCAGAUCCAAGCGGAGUUGGACAAGGCAAAUUGCGCCAACGCUUUGCCCACAGUGAAGAUAAAAUAGUUAAUUGUAUACAACGUGUUACCGUAUAACGAAAUACUGUUGAAGGACGCAAUAAGUAUAUUUCAUAAGGAAUCGCCCUGUAAAAAUAUUUAAUCGAUAUCAUAUUAAUUUUUCCAUACAAACUAAUUCAGAGCAUUCUGUGUUUACUUAUGACAACCCUAUUGAAGUUCAAAGACUGACACGCGCAUAGUACGUACGCUACGCGACGCGUGCCUAAUUAAGUAACAGUAGUCACUAAAUAAAAAUUUUAAAUCAAAAGAAGCAUAGUUUUUUUCCAUACAAACUAAUUCAAAGCAUUCUAAGUGUUUACUUAUGACAACCCUAUUGAAGAUCAAAGACUGACACGUGCAUAGUGCGAACGUACGUUAACAGGAGUCACUAGAUAAAAAUAAUAAAUCAAAAGAAGCAUAGUUAUUUUACCAUACAAACUAAUUCAAAGCAUUCUAAGUGUUUACUUAUGACAACCCUAUUGAAGAUCAAAGACUGACACGUGCAUAGUGCGAACGUACGUUAACAGGAGUCACUAGAUAAAAAUAAUAAAUCAAAAGAAGCAUAGUUAUUUUACCAUACAAACUAAUUCAAAGCAUUCUAAGUGUUUACUUAUGACAACCCUAUUGAAGAUCAAAGACUGACACGUGCAUAGUGCGAACGUACGUUAACAGGAGUCACUAGAUAAAAAUAAUAAAUCAAAAGAAGCAUAGUUAUUUUACCAUACAAACUAAUUCAAAGCAUUCUAAGUGUUUACUUAUGACAACCCUAUUGAAGAUCAAAGACUGACACGUGCAUAGUGCGAACGUACGUUAACAGGAGUCACUAGAUAAAAAUAAUAAAUCAAAAGAAGCAUAGUUAUUUUACCAUACAAACUAAUUCAAAGCAUUCUAAGUGUUUACUUAUGACAACCCUAUUGAAGAUCAAAGACUGACACGUGCAUAGUGCGAACGUACGUUAACAGGAGUCACUAGAUAAAAAUAAUAAAUCAUAAGAAGCGUAGUUAUUUUACCAUACAAACUAAUUCAAAGCAUUCUAAGUGUUUACUUAUGACAACCCUAUUGAAGAUCAAAGACUGACACGUGCAUAGUGCGAACGUACGUUAACAGGAGUCACUAGAUAAAAAUAAUAAAUCAUAAGAAGCGUAGUUAUUUUACCAUACAAACUAAUUCAAAGCAUUCUAAGUGUUUACUUAUGACAACCCUAUUGAAGGUCAAAGACUGACACGCGCAUAGUGCGUACGUACGUUGACAGGAGUCACUAGAUAAAAAUAAUAAAUCAAAAGAAGCAUAGUGAUUUUUCCAUACAAACUAAUUCAAAGCAUUCUAAGUGUUUACUUAUGACAACCCUAUUGAAGAUCAAAGACUGACACGUGCAUAGUGCGUACGUUCGGUUUCACAGAUAAGUCUCAGAGACAGUAAAUAAUGUACCUCUAAAGCAUCCG